CUUGGUCACUGGCUGCGGCUGCACUGCCGCCCGUCGGGCCCGCCCCCGCUUCCGCCACCGGGAGUCGGACGGCCUCGCUCCGGCCCUCUGCGCCCCAAAAAGCAGUUCAUCUGCAAGUACUGCUCGCGCCACUUCACAAAGUCCUACAACCUGCUCAUCCACGAGCGCACGCACACCGACGAGCGGCCCUACUCCUGUGAUAUCUGCGGGAAGGCGUUCCGUCGCCAGGAUCACCUCAGAGACCACAGGUACAUCCACAGUAAGGAGAAGCCGUUCAAGUGUGGGGAGUGCGGCAAGGGCUUCUGCCAGUCGCGCACGCUGGCGGUGCACAAGAUCCUGCACAUGGAGGAGUCGCCGCACAAGUGCCCCGUGUGCGCGCGCAGCUUCAACCAGCGCUCCAACCUCAAGACGCACCUGCUGACGCACGCAGCGCCUCCACCCCCGCAGCAGCAGCAACACCAACCGCCACUGGCCGCCCCCUUCUCUGUGCCUGUCGGUGGCCCACUGCCGCCAGCGCCGCCCCCGCCACCUCCUCCUCCGCAGACGCACCACCACCACCACGCGCCGCCGCCCCCGCUGCUGCUGGACCUCUCUUCGUCGGCCUCCAGAUCGCUCCCUGCGACGUUGCCGCCGCCCCCAGCGCUGCCGCUGAAUCCUGCCCCCAAACGCCUGAGCGGAUUCACCAUUGCAGACAUCAUGGGACGGUAGUCAGCUGUUGGCGACACGAGUUGCAGGACAACCUCGUACACACAAGCCGUUGUUAGCCGAUGAGCGUUCGCGCUGGUAUCUAGUCCAAAGAGUAUGACUCGCAGCAUUGAAUCUUCCUAACUUGGCCUCUCCGAUGAACUCAUACUAUGACUAAUGAAGAGAGGCUAAGACUUCUCGCAAGCGCUUGAGAUAAAGCUUCUCGAAUCUCAUCGCUGAUUUCAUAAAUAUUCAGUUUUGCUGCCAAUCACCCAAAAUUGUGAAAAAUUCGCCAAAAGGCGGCGAUGCAACGUCCUUUUAUGGGGGCGUUGCGGGAUGAUAGCAUUGUCCGUGGAGGUUUGCACCUGGAAAAUUUCCUAAAGAAUGUUAUCUCGCUAAAAAGCUAUUUCCUAGUCUCUCACAACACUAUUUUGCACUCUGACACCAUUAUGGAUGAGAAAAAUGUUGUUUGUGUGAGCGGCACUCUUAACUGUAGAAUAUGUACAAAUUAUUUAUCUUGCAUACCACCAGUGUUUGAGCAAGUACUUAACAGAGAAAAUAGUCAUAGACAGAUGUAUUUAAGAGUGUAGUUAGUCUGCAAGAGAAUAUUUUAUGUUCUGUAAAGGAAAAAGAUGGAUUAUAAUUUAAGAGCACUGUAAAUAAGUGGAUCAUGUAGAAUAGUUUUCUUUACCCAUAUUGUUACCAAGUAUUAUGCCAAAAACAGUAUUUACUUCUGGAGCAAUGAAUUGAGAUAAUGAACUGUUGAAUUAAUUUUAAGAUUCCUUUAACGGGUCGUGCAAGCCAAAGACGCAUGUGAGGAGGCAGUUCCUUCUUUGUUUUCUCUUUUUCUUUUUUUCUCUCAUAGCAAGUUACCAGUGAUUCUGAUUGUAAGCCAGUAUGUUCUACUGGGCAUGAGAGCAGUGUAUCAAACGACAAAAGUUAAGUUCCUUACUGAUGCUAUUUAUUUAUUGAACGCAAUUCAGUUGUAUUUUUCACUAAUUAAGAAUUAUUCUUUUUAUAAAGGAAAUGUAUAUACUGUACUGCUAUGGUAUUUAUUAGUAAAACGAUUUUCAA